AGAAGCGAUUCGGCUGCGGACGAAGGAGGACGAAACGGCAUGGCGCUAGGACCCGGGAGCGCGGCCCGUCUCGGCCUUAGGAACGACAUGGCGGCGCGAAAGCAGCUUAAACACCGUGGACACUGCUGAUCGUGUCGUUACGUCCGUAUUAAUCACCUUUGUCCUUUUACAGUAGUAACUUCGCGCAUCUCGUGCAUUAUGAUUUUUUUCCUUUUGCACAAUGCCCGGUUCGUUAAUGUUCCCGAAAGUGGCACGCUGACCGACGCCGAGAGGAACUGAAAAUAAACAGAUAAAAAAGGUGAAGAAAUGGCGGGCGAGUCGAGCGCCGCGGAUUCCUCUUUGGUGGCCGGCGGCGCGAACGACCCCGAGGAGGACGAGGAGCAGUGGCUGUACGGGGAUGAGAGCACCAAAAAACAGACUGAGGAGGCUGUGACUGGGUUCCCUGAUUCCAAUCAAGAGAGUUUCCUUAGCAACACCGAUGACAAGGACACUGCUGAACGGGCUGUGAAGAGCGACGAGGAUGAUGACGACAGUGACAGCGAUGACGACGAUGAUGUCAAGGUCACCAUUGGCAAUAUUAAGACCGGAGCACCUUCAUAUAUGGCACCACCAAUGAACCUGAGUCUAAAACCUGGACGAGGUUAUGGUGUUAAUCCUGCAGCCAAGCUGCAGUCUAAAGGAAUCGAUAUGGAAGCCUUGGGCAGCAUCAACGGGCUUCCUGUGGUAGAGGUGGACAUUGACAUCUUUGAGGACAAACCAUGGAGGAAGCCAGGUGCUGACCUCUCCGACUACUUCAACUACGGCUUUAACGAGGAGACCUGGAAGGCGUACUGCGAGAAGCAGCGCAGGCUGCAGCUGGGCCUGGAGCCCAGCGCCCCUCUGAGCUCUGAGAAUAAGAUCACAGUCCAGCAAGGAAGGACGGCUAUUUUAGAGAAGGAAACGGAGCCAAAUGCCAUCAAGCCGGACUUCAAGAUGGACUUCCCCCCUCCUGCCAACAUCCUUCCUGCUGCCAACAGACUUAAGGCGGGACCCCCACCAAAUAGGAAGUUGGGCGGAACCAUUGAUGUGAUUGGCGGACAGACCGGUGCGAUUCGACGGGUUGAAGGGCGAAGGAGAGAGAUACAUGAACAGAACCCCAUCCAGGUAUUGGGAGACCAUGCCAACAAGACGCAGCCGUUUGUCCCGCCAGCGGGCCUCCCUCCUCCCCCGAUUGGAGCUCCCCCUCCUCAUUUCAUGCACCCCCCUCCACCAGUCUCCGGCAUGCCCCCCCCGCUGCACCCCCCAGGGAUUCCUCCACCUGCCAUUCCAGGCUUGUUUCCCCCUCCCAUGGCUCCACCCCCAAGUCUAAUGAUGCCUCCAAUGGAUGGAAGAUGCCCUACCUCGGGGUACAACACUAGAGCCCCACCUCCCUUUGGAUACAACUCCUCAGAUUCCAGUUUCAUCAGCUACCCUCCAGUGUCUUCCUCCCAUUCACCCUGGGUUCCACCUCUGGAGAAGGGAAGUGCAGGUAGCUCGCACUGGGAGUACCAGGGAUCUCGCCGGGACAUGGAGAGAGAGCGAGACCGCGAGAGGGACCGCACACCCACCACAAGCGAGUACAGCAACGAGGAUGAACGCUAUCACUACUACAGCCACGACCGGGACUACGAGCGAGAGUUCCACCAUGGCCGCGAGCGCAGCCGAGAACGCAGCCGUGAGCGCAGCAGAGAGCGCGAUGAGCGGCACAGGGACCGGCGCCAUCGUGACAAGGAAGAGAGCAGCAAACACAAGUCCUCCAAGCGCAAGCAGCACGAUGGGGAGGAGGGGGAGGGCCAUCGGAGACACAAGCACAAAAAGAAUAAGCGCAGUAAGGAGGACAAGGAGGCACUGGAGGAGGUGUCAGGGCACAGAGAGGAGUCCGAGGGUAAGGAGUAGAAGACACACCCAACUUCCAUCAGCAAACCCAAGACACGCCCGCUGUCCAUGGAUCUUGCCGGUGGCACGGGCAGUCCCACUGUGCCCACCAACAGCUCCAUCUGUUCCACACCCGUCUCCAAGGCUCAUUUAUUCACUUCCAUGUUGACUGGCAUAAAAUGUGAUUCCUCUGUACAGUGUCGCUUAUCUGUGUAUCGUACCUUUCCUAUUUAAGAAAUUGUUUUUGUAUUUUUGACUCUUAAGCUUUUUAACAUUACUUUUUUUAUAUAGAAAAGCAAACACUAAUUUAUUUUGUGUUAAGUAUAUAUGUAACAGGUGCUUCUUUGGGUUACUUCCAACUGUACAUUUUAUAGCUGGGAAUAAAAGUAUCAGUUAUCACCAGCAAAUUCCCAAUCCAGCCCUACUAAGACAUUACUGGUGGAGCUCAAAGACACUUUAAACACCUCCUGUGUACUUUUAUGUUCAUGCUCUGAUAUUAAAUAGGACUUAAGUAGAGACAUCUGAAAAUACACUAACAGAUUUUGACUACCCACAACCUACCAUUCAGUCUGACACCAUUAAUGUUUUCCAAGUUGACUUUUACAUUAGUCCUUUUUCCUUUUUUAUUUGCACACAUAGAACA